AAUAAAAUUACUUCACAUCAACAACAAAAUGUCCAUGUCAACUUGUCUCUGGUUCUUGCUGGUGUCAAGCUUCACAGGCGCAAACGAGGUCAACGUAAAUUGCCUGAGGAGCAUAAAAUCUCAAGUUAAAGAUCCCAAGCGAUCUUUAUCAAGUCUAGAUCUUUCCAGAAACAACUUCUCUGGAGCUCUACCAUCUAAUAUAGCCUCCUUGAUUCCAUUUGUUACAACUCUCGACCUCUCUUACAAUCAAUUCUCCGGUGAAAUCCCAACAGGUUUAUUAAAUGUUACCUUUCUGAACACUCUUAUGCUUCAGCAUAACCAGUUCACUGGUCAGCUUCCUCCCCAGCUAGCGUCACUUCAGCGGCUCAAACAGUUCUCAGUGGCAGACAAUCAUUUGAUCGGUCCUGUCCCAAAAUUCAACGAAGCCUACUUUGGAUCGGAGAGUUUUGCUAAUAACACGGAUUUGUGUGGUUUGCCUAUGGAGUUUUGCAUUAACCCGGAAGAAAAAGUGAGCCGGUUUGGGCAGAUGGGUGCAGCAAUUGGUGCGGCUAUAUUUGCACCAGUAGGUGCGUUCUUAGGCUGGUUCUUCUUCAAUGGUAAUUAGAAGGAGAAACAAGGAAAUAUAAGACACCGGAGAUGAAUUUCUACGUUUGUAAUUGGAUCACAUGUCUUAAUUAGUUAAUGAAUAUCACAUUUAGUUUCUGCAUCCGUUCAUGAGAUUCGUGGAAGCACCUAAACAAGUACUUCUAAACAGUAAAGUUAAUCUCAAGAUAUUGUUGUCUAUUUAAUCUGAACACCAUGUAUGAGUUAAAACAAUUUAUCUUCUUUUUUCCUUUUAAUUUCUGGCUUUCUCCCAUCACAUCUUCUUGGAAAGUUAGUGUCUUAUUCAGCUGAUAUAUUUUUUUCGAUACACAUGAUUAUAUGUGUUUCUGUUACUCAUCGAUCCAAGUAACCCUGUACAUUGAAUAAAAAUAUUUCACGUUGAUGUGUCAGAAAGCAUGCAUCACGGAGCCAUUCAAAGCUUGAAAAGGCUCUAAAAUAUAAGGUUGCCAUAGUCAUGCUAAGGUGAACUCUACUUUUGUCACGGAGUCUUUUUACCCCUGAGGAGACUUUUUUUUUUUCUCUGAGGAGACUUCUGGUGUUGAACUUGUCACUUGAUUUUUUUCUACGCGUACUUGCUAUUGAUUUCACUGCCGUAUUUGAAAACAUGCAUGGUCACCUAAGAUGUUUUGAAACUAAAUGUGAUAUUCAUUGACCAGCUGCUUCCACGAAUCUCAUGAACGGAUGCAGACACUAAAUGUGAUAUUUAUGGACUAAUCAACAAAAUGCGUUCCAAUUCCAAAUGUAGAAAUUCAGCUUCGAUGUCUUAUUUUUCCUUGUUUCUCCUUCUUACCAUUGAAGAAGAACCAGCCUAAGAACGCACCUACUGGUUUAAUUCUUCUUCAGCCAUAUUUGCCAUCUCACAAUCAACAUAAGGUAGUAUAAUGACAAGGUUUGUGAUGAUUUGAUUAUAUACGUAUACGCUGGCGCAAGAGCUGAUGUUAUUAACAUCCAUGACUGGUAUCAGUCUUGAAUAUUCUUACACUAAUUAAGUCUGAUAACAAAAGCCUGAAGAUUCUUAUACUUACUAGUCAUCACUGAUCGAUGGACACCAUGAUUAACAUAUUUUCCACAGUUUUAGAAUAUUCAAACCCAUGGGACAAGCAGGAAUCAAUUUGUGUGAAUGAUUAACAUUCUCAAGUCUCCUCCGUGGAACCCGUUUUACACGGCAAGAGACGACUUGUGACUUUAGAAAAUCUUUAUAAUUCAUCAUGCUCAAGUUUUGGCUAUACUAUUAACAAUCUUCACUUGCUUUUGUUGCUAAAACCAACUCUCUUGUAAUCCUCUAUUGAAAAAGUGCACAACCACACAAAAAUGUCCUUAGUAAACCUAGCUGCAACUUGUCUAUGGUUCUUGCUGGUGUCUAGCUUGACAGACGCAAACGAGGCCAACGUAAAUUGCUUGAGGAACAUAUAUUCCGGAGUUAAGGAUCCUAAUGGAUAUUUAGCGAGCUGGGUAUUUGGCAACCAGACUGCAGGUUUUAUCUGCAAGUUCACUGGUGUGACUUGCUGGCAUGAUGAUGAGAAUAGGGUUUUGAGCAUUAAACUUGGUGGUUAUGGUCUCGAAGGAGAGUUUCCUCUCGGGAUUAAACAAUGUUGGGAUUUGACAGGUCUAGAUCUUUCUAGGAACAACUUCUCUGGAGUUUUACCAUCUAAUAUAGCCUCUUUGAUUCCUUCUGUUACAAUUCUCGACCUUUCUUACAAUAAAUUCUCCGGUAAAAUCCCAGCCGGUUUAUCAAAUAUUACCUUUCUGAACACUCUUAUGCUUCAGCAUAACCAGUUCACUGGUCAGCUUCCUCCUGAGCUAGUGUCAAUGCAGCGGCUCAAACAGUUCUCUGUGGCAUACAAUCAUCUGACCGGUCCCAUCCCUAAAUUUAAUGAAGAACACUUGAAAAUUGGAGUGGACGAUUUUGCUAAUAACGAGGGUUUGUGUGGUCGGCCUAUGGAUGCUUGUGAACCGGACGAAGAUAUGAUCCGGUUUGGGAAGAUGGGUGCAGCAGUUGGUGCGGUUUUAUUUGCACCAUUAGUUGCGUACUUAAGACUCGUUUGUCAUCAAUGGUAGGAACUAGGAAGCAGAAACAAGGAGAUAUAAGACACCGGCGCUGAAUUUUCUACAUUUGGGAAUGUAAAACAUGUUUUAGUCAAUAAAAUUUUUUUUUUUUUUGAACAAAAUUUUAGUCAAUGAAUAUCACAUUAAAUAUUAUGCAUCUUUGAACAAAAAAAAAUUUAUAUAUAUAUUUUGCAUCUUAGUACAACGAAUAAUAAAAGUACACAUGCCGCAGAGUGUCAAUGAAUGAUUAGAUUAUAUUUCAACUUGGAAAACCUUUGUAACCCCACACACAAAUUAUAAUUGUAGUAGCUACGAAAUCUGCAAUUUGUGGUGCUUCUUCGUUGAGAAAUCUAGAACUAUCAAAACAUGUUUAGAAAGAUAUCAAAUGCAAACUUGAUUGCCUAUAUGUCUAGUCUUGAGGGUUAUGUUCUCUUCAUGAGUUAAUUAUAUGCUUAAUUUUGUUGAUUAUGCCCUUUUUGCCAAAGGGUGCUGCACACUAUGGAGGAGAAGUACGCACCUUAAUGGUGGAUUUGAGUAACAACUAACAAGACAUAGUGCUGAGUGAUUUUCUUUUAGUUUUCUCACAAUGCUGUGUUCUUGUUUAAUGUUUCCAGGUUCUUGGCCGAGAAAACAUGCGUUUCAGAUAUUUUUUAAUGCCAAAUACCCAACUCGAUAAGUAUCCAUUUGGAUCCUUAACUUGGGAAUAUAUGUUCCUCAAGCAAUUUACGUUGGCCUCGUUGGCGACUGUGAAGCUUGACACCAGCAAGAACCAUAGACAAGUUGCGACUAGGUUUAUUAAGGACAUUUUUUUGUGGGAUUGUGAGCUUCUUUUUUCAAUAGAAGAUUAUAAUAGAUUUCAAGCUUUGAAUGGCUCCGUGAUGCAUGCAUGUUUAGGUCUUUUCCAAACAAAAUUCAUAUGUAAAAAAGGUUUUAAAUUUAACUAAAGUUGACCCAAAAUAUUUUACCAAAAAAAAGGUUGACCGAAAGAAGAAGUUAAAAACUCGAAAAGAGAGAGAUAUAUUCCCUUUUUCGUUUAAAAGUCGUACGAGUAAUUAAGAUUCGUACCCAACAAAAAAAAAAGUCGAUGAACCAGU